GUUCAACCAUCUCCAUCUGUCCCCCGCACUUGACCAGUCUACACACGGUGUGAUCUCAUACACGCAGCUCUGAUUUGUCAGUGUCACUUACCCGACAAGAAUCAUGUCAAAGGUCGGGAAGACUGUACCAUGGAUUAAACUAAAAGGCCUUAUAGCGGCUCCGUCAACACCUUUUACAAAAAAUGGAAAAUCUUUGGAUCUGAGUAUGAUUGGAGCAUAUGUUGAUAAACUUAUAAGCGAUGGCGUGAAAAAUGUUUACGUAACUGGUACAACAGGAGAAGCUUACUCAUUAUCUGUUGAAGAAAGAAAGAAAGUUUGUGAAGAAUGGGUAAAAUGUGGAAAAAACAAGUAA